AUAGCGCGCGCAGGGGCCCGGAGGUGGGCCGACUGGAGGGGCCAGGCGAGAAGGAAGCGCUUUGUUCCCUAGUUGCUUCUUGCACCUCGGGAGCGCCAGAGAGGCGCGGAGUCCGGGAGGCGCGCGCAUUGGGAGGGACCUGCGCUGGCCGAGCGCACGGGGGCGGGUCCACGACCGGCCAGAGGCAGAAAAGCGAGCGCCCGAGCUCGUGCGCCCAGUGGAGGCAGCUGCGGCAUCGCUGGCAGCCCAGCGCACCGAGACACAAAGGCUGGUUGUGGGAUGUGGAGGCAACUAGGGAGCCAGCAAAGGGAAAGCGAAAGCCACGGGCCCGGCCGGUAACCGUGUUGAAGGCGCCGCGCGGUACCCGGGCCUCUCCUCGGGAGCUUGCCAGGCCGAGCCCGGUGCGCCGCAGCCAUGGCCAUCGCCCACCUGGCCACCGAGUACGUGUUCUCGGACUACUUGCUGAAGGAGCCCUCGGAGCCCAAGUUCAAGGGGCUGCGGCUGGAGCUGGCCGUGGACAAGAUGGUGACGUGCAUCGCGGUGGGGCUGCCCAUGCUCCUUAUCUCGCUGGCCUUCGCGCAGGAAAUCUCGAUCGGUACACAAAUAAGCUGUUUCUCCCCAAGUUCUUUCUCCUGGCGUCAGGCUGCCUUCGUGGAUUCUUACUGUUGGGCUGCCGUUCAGCAGAAGGCCUCCUUGCAGGGCGAUUCUGGAAACCUUCCACUGUGGCUGCAUAAGUUUUUCCCCUACAUCCUGUUAAUGUUUGCCAUCCUCCUGUACCUGCCGUCCCUGUUCUGGCGUUUUGCAGCUGCUCCACAUCUUUGCUCAGAUUUGAAGUUCAUCAUGGAAGAGCUUGAUAAAGUUUACAACCGCGCGAUUAAAGCCGCAAGGAGCGUACGUGGCGUACGUGACGUGGACCUGAGAGAUGGUGCCUGCCCAGGUCCGGGUGCUAAUGAGAACGUAGGGCAAAGUUUGUGGGAGAUAUCUGAAAGCUGCUUCAAGUACCCAAUUGUGCAGCAGUACUUGAAGACAAAGAUAAACUCUAAAAAUUUAAUCAUCAAAUACAUCAGCUGCCGGGUGCUAACGCUCAUCAUUAUAUUGUCAGCAUGCUUCUACCUGGGCUAUUACUUUAGCCUUUCCACCCUCUCGGAUGAGUUUGUCUGCAACAUCAAAUCAGGGAUUCUGAGAAAUGACAGCACCGUCCCUGAUCGGUUUCAGUGCAAACUCAUCGCAGUCGGCGUCUUCCAGUUGCUUAGUUUCAUUAACUUCGUGGUAUAUGUCCUGCUGGUUCCUGUGGUUAUCUACACGCUGUUUGUUCCAUUCCGACAGACGACAGAUGUUCUCAAAUUGUAUGAAAUCCUGCCCACUUUUGAUGUUCUGUGUUUCAAGACUGAAGGGUCCAACGACUUAAGACUCUACAAUCUUUUCUUGGAGGAGAAUAUAAGUGAACUCAAGUCAUACAAGUGUCUUAAGGUACUGGAGAAUAUUAAAAGCAGUGGUCAGAGCACUGAUUCAAUGACUCUCCUGACUAACCUUGGCAUGAUCAAGAUGGAUGUUGUCGAUGGCAGAAGUCUCAGGCAGUCUGAGGUGAUGGGACAGGAGCAGGAGAACCGGAAGGCAGAACUCAAAGAUUUGAAAGUACACAGUGAAGCUGAAGCAAAUAGUGGAGAGAAGAAUGCUCGACAGAGACUUCUGGAUUCUUCUUGCUCAUGAGUUUUUUCUUGAACAUCAGCUCCGUGACUUCUGUGACACGGAAUUCAUUUUGACUUAAGCAUCUCUGUCAGAUUUCAGCUGGUUCACGGUAAAGGGUUCCUGGUAGAGAUACUGAGCACACCUUAUUGAAUCCCUAAUGAAAAUGGUCAACAAAACGUUUUGGGAAAAUUGUUCAUGAACUUCCUUCGAGAAGCAAUACGGCUAUAAGUAAAUCACAACAAAUAUAGAUGUGUAAGUCCUCAUCAAAUGAAAAGUGGAAAAACUGAUCAAAGUAAGAGUCGUAGCCCUUUCAGUGCCUCAAAGAAACACCUUUCUGUACAGAUGAUGAGAGCCAGAGCUACUGAAAAGCAAGGACUUCAGGAGAUUUUCAAAUUUUGUUUAUGAAAUAAUAAUAAACGUGUCAGGAUACAAUUUAAUAUGAGUGUUCUACGUGCCCUAAUGACUGUUGGACAAGAAAAGCAUUCACUGGACCUGCUCUUGCCAUUGACCUAAAUUGGGAAUGAUGCUGGUGCCUGGGUUCUUGCACACCCUGGCUCUCUUUACACUGCUACUUGUCAACCUUGGCUACCUGGAGUCCUCUCGCCACUAUUUGUUGUACUCUGCUAGGACGGGCGCAGGCCCAAGCAUGCCCUGACUGAAAGCUUACUGAAGAUAGAGUAUAAAGGAUAUUUCUCUGUGACUUCUAUAUAGGCAAGAAUGCUUCUAAAAGAGCCCAAUGGGGAACUCUGAACAUACGGAACAGGUUAAUUCAGUCACUUUCUAAGGGGUUUUCUUCAGAGCGUUCCUCUGUUAUCAAAAGCGUUUGAAACAGGAUGUUACUUAAAUUUACCCAACGCAGAAUACUUAAAAUAAGGAAUAUUUUGCCUAUUGUGAUCAGAACAUGAAAAUGACAUCUGUCAUAUGGUGUGCUUGGAGUCAGAACAACUUAGCAGUUUAUUUUAUUUAUAUUUAAGUACAUCUUUUAAAAAUUCAUUUAAAUUUAGAAUCAUAUGAUAUUAGAAUUGAAGCCAUUUGGGAGGAACAUUCUAGCACUGAUGAGGAAUUAUAGAAUAAGUGUCACAAAUGAGUAUAUAAUACAAUACCUAAGCAUUAUUUCAUAAACAUUUAAGGCUGAUUCAGAUUAUAUGAAAGCUUUUCCCAGUCCUGACCAGGUAAAUACAUCAUAACUGCGUUUACAUUUUAUACACAGUUCUUUAAAAUGACAUCUGUGGACCUCUCCAAUUUUAUUCUUAGAAAGUGAACACAUCGCUCAAGUGAGUAAUCCUCAGGCACCUCAAAGUUUACAUAUGGCUCUUAUGGACAGCCGUAGACCUGAUCUAAUGACUGUUCAGGGAAGAACAAACGUUUUAUAAGCUGCUCUCUGCUUUUCAGAAUAUUCACAAAAGCAGAUUUUACUUGUGCUUCUGCGAUGGUUUCUGAGUUGGAGAGCUAAUGAUCAAUAUCAAGGAUAUAAACAGUGCUUUAACUUAUUCUUAUUGCGUAUUUAUUGCUGUUGAAUCAUAGUAGAGAUGACAAUAACCUAAAUAAUCGAUUUUGCUACAUGUUUAUAUCACUGUACCUGAGAUAUUCCAUCACAGUGCUCUAUACUUGUUACUUUUUAUCAUUUGAAAAGACUUGAAAUAUUUUUCUAUGAUAUACUUUUUUUUUUUUUCUUUUUCAAAAAGCCUCAUCUUCUCUAUAGACUGCCCCUAGUUUGUAUUUUGAAGUGGUAGAAGUAGAUACAUUAUUUAGGAGACCAGGAACUCCUAAGUCCUGUCAUGUGUAAUCCUUUCAUCAGAGUUAUAAUUGGAGUCCUUGAUCUCAGUUCAUUUCUCCAUUCCCACACUCUGAGCUCCGACAGGGCCUGUGAUGUCCCGGUUGUCACACUAGUCACUGGCUCUGUGGUUAUGAAGGCGGGUCCCCAUCUUUGAGGAGUGCAGAGUCUAGUAAAAGACAGCGAAGACAGGCAGGUGCCAAGAAAAAGAAUACCCAUAAUAAAGGCCCUUCCAGAAAGCUCACAGCAAAUUCUCUGUUUUCCUGGGAGAUACCAUGUUGUUUUUUCUCUUUCCCGUAGUUUCUCGUUACAGUUUUUCCCAGAGGCUCUUUAGCCACAUGUCCCCCAGGAGGAAGCUUGGGCAAAACCAUAACAUAGAUGGUGAUUCUGAACAGUAAGAGCUCCAAUUGCCUUUCGUAUCUUACCUGGCAGGGAGUGGGAAGGAAAAGCACGCGGGGCACGCAGAGCUGCCCGAGAAUAGCUGUCAUGCCAGGAAUAGGCUGAUGUGGUUGCCUGGUCAUAUAUUUUGGCUUGGAAAAAAGUGUCAUUAGGAAAGUUAACCUAUCCAUCCAUUGUGAGUUGCUGGCUUGGAGGACUGCUUCUGAGGAGCCAGAUUCUCAAGGAUGAGGAGUCAUUCAUUGGUUUUUAGAGAGGCACAGACCGAUCCUAAAUGAACCCCCGCCACUCCCCCCUCCCUUCCCCCACAGUACUGCUUGACUUUAUCUCUGGCCGGUGUCUUCCUAGUAAACCACCACGAGACCUCAAAACCAGACCCAUAACACUAGGGUUGCAUCUGGGACCGGGACCCAGCUGAAUGCAGUGUCCAGCUGUGCAUAUGAUUUUACCAAGGGACCGGUAGAGACCCUCCAGUGCAGAGGCCCUUAAACUUUUGGGAGGCUAUAAACGCCCUUACAAAUAUUUUUUGAAAGCUAUGGACCUUCUCUUCUGAUGUAAACACAACACUAAAGACACCUUCAGGGGUCAUCAUAGUCCACGCACCCAAGGUCAAGCCGCGCAGCAGAGAAUGGAGGCUCCUGAUGCUUUUAUGGAAAGCUGCUGCUUCCACAGUAAGUUGCGUGGAGUGUAACUUCUGAAUAACUGACUUCAUUUUCUAGAGUUGGACUGGAAACGUCAAUUAAGAGAGCAGGCGGCGGUAGCCUGGAGUGAUCAAGCAGUUGGUAUUGACCACUGUUCUCUCUCAGGCCACUAGGUGUGAUCUUAUUCCAGAUCCAAAUCAUUGUCCCUGUGCAACCUCACUGGAAUGUGAGGAGGGUGGCAUAACACUUGUAAAGUGCUUCGUCCUACUUUGGAGUUGUAUUGUGAGAAAGCUAGAUACUUCCAGUUGGAUGGCGGGUCUUGUUGCACGUUCAUGCUUCAUUGGUGGAAACUACCUAAUCACUGAGUUUCCUCUCCUAUUCAAGAAUGAGCCAAGAUGGGAUGGGGAGCAGGGCACUGUGGGCCUUGUUCCUGGGAGAAUUAGCUUGGCUCUUAGAGGCAAAUCGUUGCACACCUUUUAAAUACGUCCAUGUUUGGUUUAUUUCACUAUUGUUAGUCCAGGGUCAACAGAAGAUCCAUGCAGGUGGGAGUUUUUAUCUACUGCUGUACCUCAAGCUCCUAAAACAAUGACUGGCAUUUAAUAGGCAUUCUUAAAUAUUUGUUGAAUGCAUGAACACACUGUUAUGAUAAAUCCUAGUUUGUUGGCAAACAAUAAAUCCUAGCUUUAUUUGAUUUUAAAAGGCAGAUGAUUCUCCACAGGAGAUGGGAGGGGAGUCUUAUUUAGUGUCUUGGUAAAGACAGGACUAUUUCUGCAGAUGAACAGAUUUCCACAUGUAAGUAGUGACAGUUCUGAGCUUUAUGUUGUGGAGUAAGUCAUGACCACUUUCUAAGUUCAAUACAAGUUCAGUGUUUCCUCACAAUGAUUAGGGAAAUUGAUGUGUUAAAGGUCGUGGACUUGGUAAUUUCCCAGAAUAACCUCUUGAAAAAAGGAUGUUGAUUGAAAUGUGCAAUUAUCAGUAAUUGAGGUUUCGUCUGAGGGCACUGAGAUGAAAUAGCUCCUUCUCAGUAUUCAUUGGCAUUUUUUGGCCCUAUUUUUCACAAGUAAAGUGAAACCUUUUUAAAAAGGUUGGCAAAGAUGAUAUUGUGUCAUUUGUGGAAUAUAGUAGAUGUUAAUCCGUGAUUGGUUUGUCUUGCCUGCCUUUAAAUGAAAUGUAUUGUGUUCUGUGUUCUCUUUUUAGCUGUAAAAAUACUUUGUCACUUAAACUAUGUGGUUUGAAUAGUAAUUGUUAUUUAAGUUCCUGAAAGUUAUGAAAGCUUCUCAUGCCUUGGGUGCUUUCCCCUUGCCCACCAGAAGAGGAAAAUUCUUGUGAAAUCUACAAUGUCACAAGUGUCUCCUGCAAAAACUGAAGCCAUCAGCUCCUCUAUAACAAGUUGGCUUUCUAAAAGCAUGAUAAUUACAAUUUAAUGGUAUUCUGUAAAGUGGUGCUUCUAAGUGUAAUUUAAGUUCCUUUUAAUAUCUAAAUUUCUUCAAAACUUUUAAAGAAAAAUAUGUAUGUUCUUUUUGCUGUGUCAUUUGGUAAGAAUGAUUGGUUUCUAGUGCUUAGAAAUCAAAGGAUGAGAACAUAUGGUUUAGAAAAUGAGCCUUAAAAGCAGCUCAAGAACCUUGACAGCUCUGCAUUUUGGAGGCUAUCACUAUUACAUUUCAUAUUUUCAUGUAAGUCACUUGUCCAAGAUCUGCAUUCUGAUCAUGCCAACUUUGAUUGAGGAGGAAUGAAAGGCUGAAGAUCAAGGCUGUGGUGUUCAUAGAUAAAGGCAAAACAGUAUUUUGUUUCACACUGUUAUGUCCACCUAAAUAAAACUUC